AUGGCGGACUACGACAAGAACAUCUGGAAGGCCUCCAGAGUUGUCCAAAUCACUGUCGACAACCAUGAGAUCGCCACCUUGAGAUCCACACGCAAGAGCGAGCCUCAAUCGUUUCUCUUCAAUCUCGCUCUACUCUGCUACUACUCGACGUACUUCAAGACAUUGAUGACUGGACCUUUCAAGGAGAGCCAGGACCGCAAGACAGAGUUCCUGGUCGACGCUUCGCAAUAG